UAUGAGACAUAUAAAUGGCAUUUCUGUAAAGCAAAGUGGCUACUUUUGCUUAAACAAUUUAUAUGUGUGGAUAGCAGUAAACAAUAACAACGAAAGAAAAUGCGAUAUCUUAAGCUGCCCAAUAGGACAUGGUAUAUAUCCUGUCUCAGGAAGCCAAUGUGUCUAUUGUCGGGUGGGACAAUACCAAAAUUAUAAUACAAAAAAAGUUUGUGAUUUAUGUCCCAGCGGCUAUACAACGACAGGCGAAAACAGCAUCUUUAAACAAGAUUGCAAAAUAAUAAUUGAACGCGAUCAACGGGUCAACGCUCACGUAAAGCUUACAUAUAUCCUAAACGAUUGUCAAAAAGACAAAAUUAAAGCAUUUAUUGAGAAAAAAUUAGGAGAAGAAAGCGAUACAUGGGGGAUAGGGAAAUGGCUAUCAAAGCGAACAGAGUUUGUUCUUAAAGAAGUAAAGGCCAUUCUAGAAACCAUGAUUACAUCCGGAAAGUUCGUUUAUUCUAAUACAAAUCCUCAAGAUACAUCGGUAACUCAAGUUUACAGUUGUUCAAGAGGGCACCAAUUCCUGACGAAAGGCUGCAUGCCUUGUGAUGUUGGCCACAAAGAAGAGGCAAGCGUCUGUGUAAAAUGCCCUGCCGAUUAUUUUCAAAACCGAGUGGCAUCGACAGAAUGUAUUAAAUGCGACAGUGCAAAAACUAGUCUUCCAGGAUCCACAGUUUGUGUGGAUAAAUGUCCAUCUGGCUAUAAAUCAGAUGGAUCCAAUUGUAUAAAAUGUGGAUUCGGUUACUAUCGAAAAGCUGAAGUACAUUUGGGAGGUAAAUGUAUUAAAUGUAAAUCGGGCUCAACAACAAAUUCUGAAACUGCUGAAAGUCAAUUGGAAUGCGUAUGCCAAAAAGGAUUUAAACAAACAUCAACUAUGGAAUGCCUAAAAUGCCCAAUAAAUGAAUAUCAAGACAAAUUAAAUCAAACCUUCUGUAUAAAGUGUCCUGAUGGUUAUGGAACUUUGAAGGAUACAUCUAUGAAUAUAGGAAGCUGCAAAAAGAGAUGCCCUCCGGGUGAAGAAUCGUUGGAUAAUAUUAAUUGUACUGAAUGCAAAAGGGGAUUCUUUAAGGUCAGCAUGGACAUUGACGUAAAAUGUAAAAAGUGUCCUUUUGAUAAAACAACUUAUUCAGCCGGUUCACAAUCUUGCGAUGCUUCUCUUUGUUCUCCGGGUAACAAGUUAAUAGCCACUGGAGAGUGUCAGAAAUGUGACUAUGGUGAAUAUCAAGAUGAAAUGGAUAAAAAAGAGUGUAAAUUAUGCGAUCCAAAUUACUCAACGCAAGAUAGAGGAUCAACGAACAAGAGCAACUGCAAACGUCUUUGCGAAAACGGAUAUUACAGACAAAAGGAUUUAUGUAUUAAAUGCGAGAAGGGAUAUUACAGGAGAACUACCAAUGCAACUAAGCUUGGUGAAACGUGCACCAAAUGUCCCAUAGGAAAAACUACUAAGCAAGAAGGUUCUGAUAAUAUUGCAUUAUGCAUCUACGAUUGUAGUGAAGGACAAAAACAAACCAACAGUGGUUGUGAAGAUUGUAAAAUAGGAUAUUAUCAAGAUGAAAAGUAUGCAACGGAUUGCAAGAAGUGCCCUGAUGGUCUUACAACAUUACGAGAAAGAUCAAAAGACAAGACAGAUUGCAUACUAAUUUGUGGAAAAGGGGAAUACGCCGAUAGUGACUCGUGUAAGAUGUGUAAAAAGGGUUUUUAUAAAGAAUUUAUAGGCCCAAUGAGCUGUCAUAAAUGUCCGGAAAACUUCAGUACUAUUGGAGAAGGGAGUAAAUCUGCUGCCGAUUGUACUGAACCAGAUUGUGGACCUGGAAGAUAUUUACAUGGAAGCGUAUGUUUGGAUUGCGAUUAUGGUUUUUACCAUUCAACAGGAUUUACAAGAAAAUGUGAUGAAUGUCCUGUCAAUAUGACAACAAUUGGGACAAAAGCUAGAUCUGAAAAUGAAUGCUAUGAAAAUUGUGAAUCUGGUAUGGAAAUUCGGGGAAGUUCAUGUACAAAAUGUAUACGCGGAUACUAUCGAAAAUUAGGUUUAAAUGGCAAAAAGAUAUCGGCUCUUUGCACUCUCUGUCCAGCAAAUAAGACAACAUCAGAUAUUGGUGCAGCAGAAUGUGACGUCCUAUUGUGUGCUCCAGGAACUUAUCCCAAAGGUGAAUGCACACCAUGUGAAGCGGGAACCUUUCAACCAUCUAAUAUACCUCUGACGGAAAAUACUAAAUGUAUACCCUGUGGUAAAAAAAAGACGUCACCAACUGGAAGCAAACGUGAAUCAGAUUGUUACUCAACUGACGAAUGUGCAAGUGGCACUCAUAACUGUAACGCGUUCGAAAUUUGUGAGGAUCUAGAACUUCCCGACACAUUCACGUGUCAAUGUAAAAAUGCUUAUCUACGCGAUAAAGGCGAAUGCAAGGAUAAAUGCCUGUUUGAUUAUUGCAAAAAUGGUGGGUUUUGUUAUAAAAUAAAUGAUAACCAGACUAAAUGCAAUUGUACUUCUGGAUAUUCGGGUACCCGAUGCGAAGUUAGUUACGAUAUUCUUUUAAUUGUUCUCUGUGUUAUUGGUGGUGUUUUGGUGUUUGUCCUCUUAUUAGUUGUUAUAAUAUGCUAUUGUAAAAGGAGAAGCAGACCAACAAAAAAGAAGGCAACUAAGGAAAAGCCAACAGCUUCAAAAGAGACUUUAAGUGAGAUGAAGAAGCAAACUCCACAAGUAACACCAGCAUCAAACUACUAUGUUCAAAAUCCUGUUCAUUCCGUACCGGCUGUGUUUGAAACGCAAAGAAAGGACACUCGUUAUAGCGAAGCUGAUUCUGACAUCUUUUCGAACGAAGUGAAACCGUAUUUGCCUACGAAUUCCGAAAUACAGCAUCCUGUACCCCCUAGACUUCCGAAUAGAUCUAAGACUUCUAGUUCCGCUGAUGACGCCCCGAAGGAAAAUGCUCCUACCAGACCACAACCUCGCCAGAGUGAACAGGAUAACGAUUAUCAGCCACUUACAGGUCACACUACCUCUGACUAUCAAGAGUUGUCACCUAUGAGUGAUGACGUAUUUGUACCCUUAACUCCAGCUAAGAUAAAUCCUGACUUUGACGACGGUGAAGUAUAUCAGGAAAUAAACGUUCAACAGCGAGACGACGGUGAAACUAGAAUAAAUGUCCCCUAA